AUUAGUUUAAUGAAUAGGAAUGUUUUAUUCAAGUUUUUUGACCCAGUUACAUUAGCAGGAGAUCAGAUUCGAGGGGAAUGCUUUGUCAGAAUAACAGAAGAAAUCCCAAAAGCUUAGAUAGUUUUAACUUUUUAAACUAAAAUGUACUCGAAGAUCAUAGAAAAAAGAUAGGUAUUAGUUUUGAUUUGAAACUUAAGAUACCUUAUGAUCAGAGCAAUCCUCAAAUGAUUCCUGAGAAACUAAUAGAGAAAACUCAAAGGAUUCAAGUAACUCUGGAUUCACCAAUCAGAUAGCCAAAAUAGACUCAAAAAAAAUAUGAGCUUAAUGGUGAAAUAAUGUAUCGGGUGAUUAGAAAUUAUGGAACACAUGAAUCUUUUGUAUAUACUUAAGAGUUAUAUACUGGAUAAGUGAAACCAGGAGAUUAUAAGUUUUAAUUUAGCAUUCCAACCUAAUAUAAUAUGUCUAGUAGUUUUUCCUAUAAAAGUGAAGAUGGUAAUUAAUAAAUUAGAAAUAGGAUUGAAAUAAGCGAAAUGUAGUUAUAAGGUGACAUUAAGAAUAGAUUUACCUGAUGAAGCAAGUACUUUAAUGAUGGAGAGUGCUGAUGUCUAUAUAAAUGGAAGAAUUGCUUCAGAAGGAGAGUAAUUCAGAUAAUGUGAAGGCAAUAUUGUCUAAUAUUUAUGUUUAAAUAGAGGAACAGUUGAACUUUCUAUAAAAUUAAACAAAAACAAUUUCAUUCCAGGAGAACAGAUGUUGAUUGAAUAUACAUUAGAUAAUACACGUUCUUAAAGAUCAAUUAGUAGAGUAGAAGCUAGAUUAAUAAAUAAAUUAACAUUUAUAGAUGAUGAUGAAAUUGAAAGAGUUAUAGAAAAUAUUAAAGUGUUCUAAUAGAAUCUUGGAGGUGUGAAUUCUGGUUAGAAAUUAGAAAGAUAAAAUGCUUCAUUAGAAAUACCUAAAAAUCUUAGAGCAACUAUUAAAACUAGUGUUAUAAGAAAUUAAUAUUUUUUGUAAAUGGAAGCUAUUGCUGUAUUAUCAUCAUUUUAUAAAUAAUAUAUAGGAUGCCUUCUUAACUUGGUUAUCAGUUCCUGUAGUUUGCCAGGUUCCAAUAAAUAUUCAAGAAUCUCAAUUACCGUAAAAAAUCAAUCUUGAAGGAUGGAAUUUCUUACCUAUAAUGAAUGUAUCUGUAAAUGCAUUUUCGAAUCUAACUGUUCAAUAAUCAUUUAUACCUACAUGA